UUUAUCGUCAAUGUGCGACCAAAAAGAGGAGGAAGAAUUGAAAUACCAUCAAGAGUUUAAGGAGGAAGAGAAGAAAGAAGUUGUUGAAGAAAAUCAAGAAGAGGAAGAACAAGAAGUUGAGGAGGUAGAACAACAAGUUGAGGAAGAGGAAGUUGAAGAAGUAGAUGAUGAUUACUCUUCAAUUUCUCUAUUUCAAAUUAUUAUAAUAGCUGUAGCUCUCUUCUUGGCUACAAAUGGCCCUACUAACUACCCUCUUCUUUGGAAUCAAUUGACUAAUCCUCCUGCUGAUUCUCGUCAUGCAAUUAGAAAUGGCAAUAGUGGAACUAUUCCAGUUAGUCCACAUACUGUCUUAAUACCUAUUCAAACAAUCCAAAUGAGAGAAUAUGCCCUUGGAGUGCAACAAUCGUUAGAGACUAACGUAGCUAAUGCUGAGAAUAGAAUUGCAUUGGUAAACAGAAUGUUUGGGGAUUUGGCAUUGGAUGAUAAAAAGUCUGGUGAGAUGGCAGAAUUACUUGUUGGAAUGAAUAUGACCAACGUAAAGAAUUACUUCCUUCAGUUGCAAGAUUUUUCCCUUAAAAAUUUUCGGAAUGAAGUUGGUGGCAAAGAAUUACAUGAAAAGAUUAUGGAACGUUGGAUUAAAUUUGUCGAUAACAUUAUACACAUUCAUAAACAAUUGUAA